GUAUUAUAAAACAAAUAUGCAGCCUCAAAAUCUCUCUCUCCUUGCUUCCUCCCUCCUCAAUCUCCUUUUAUAUUGUAUUUUAUUUUCUAUCACUAAUUCCACGCUCGAUUUGUGUUUUAUACGGCAGAUUCCAUACCCGCAGCUAGCUCUCCUCACUGCUAGAAUGAGUACCACGCUCGCACAGCGUUUUGCCCCACUCUGUCUUGUCUUCUUGUUGCAAUUCCCGACAAGCAACGCCGCAGGUGACUUACCGCGUUCUUACAAACCGGUCGAGAACAUCCUCGUUAACUGUGGUUCCUCUGGAAAUUCAAUUUCUCCUGAUAAUCGGACCUGGAUAGGAGACGUGGAUUCAGAAUUUUUAACUCCUGAAUUAUCACGAAACAAGUCAUCUCUUCCCGCUACUGCAGAUCAUAAACAACGAUCCAGUGUUGCCCAAGUACUGUUUGAGACUGCUCGGCUCUCUCUUUCUCCGUUCAGCUACAUAUUCCCCGUCACUGCAGGCCAAAAAUUCAUUCGACUGCACUUUUACCCAGCUUCCUACUCCAACUACUUUGAUCGCUCUAAUGCCAUCUUCUCUGUCAAAGCUGGUGGUUUUACCCUUCUUAGCAACUUCAACGCUUCACUUAACGCAGAUGAGGAUUUGAGUGAUGAUACCAUAUACAGAGAAUACUGUGUCAAUAUCGAGGAGUUCGAUCAGAGGUUGAACAUAACCUUCACUCCAUCUCCGAGCGUUUCUAACCCCUAUGCUUUUAUUAAUGGAAUUGAAAUAUUGUCGAUCCCUCCGAAUCUCUAUUACACUCCAGCUGAUGAUCGAAUUCAUUUUAUCGGCCAGCAGAAUCCGUACCGCAUCGAUAACAGCAAGGCUCUCGAGACGGUAUACAGAUUAAAUGUUGGAGGGCAAACCAUCUCACCCGCUGGUGACACUGGGAUGUUCCGUAGAUGGACUCUAGACGAUAAAUACUUCUUGAAAGAAUAUAAUGAACUUUUUCUACCUGAGAAUCCAACUAUCCAACUAAGUUUUACGAAGGCCGUACCUGCCUACACUGCACCGGAGGAUGUCUAUCGGACUGCCCGAACUAUGGGGAAGAACUCAACCAUCAACCUGACAUACAAUCUCACCUGGAAAUUCCUAGUAGAUGCUAGGUUUGAUUACCUCAUUAGGCUACACUUCUGCGAGAUUGAACCAGAGGUUAUAAAAGAUUCCGACAGAGAGUUCCUUAUUUUCAUAGCAAAUCAAACUGCGGAGGAAGCAGCUGACGUGAUUCGCUGGAGUGGUGGAAAUGGUUUUCCCGUACAUAAAGACUAUGCCGUUUCCAUGGUGGGUAAUGCAACCGACAAAAAAGUGUUCCUCUAUAUCGUACUAGGAGCCGAACCGCGGAAGUGGAAGACAAGAUACCAGAACGCAAUCUUGAACGGCGCUGAAAUCUUUAAAGUAAGCGACUUCAGCAAGAACCUUGGCGGACCCAACCCAGAUCCACGCCCGCCUAACCCUCCAACAAUUGCGCCGCCAGGAAAGACAAUGAACUCGAAAAGCAAUAGAACAACAAUAAUUUCUGUCGCCGCCGGGGGAGUCGCCGGAUUUAUUGUUCUCUCAAUUCUCGGUUUCUUGAUUCGCCUGAGGGGCAAGAGAGUCAAAGACUCGGGCUCCAGUGAUGGGACCUCUUGGUGCGGUCCAUUUUCGUUCACUACGACCAAGUCAACAAAGACCCACAAGUCGUCUCUACCAUCCGCUCUGAGUCGCUACUUUUCAUUGGCGGAGAUUAAAGCAGCCACCAACAACUUCGACGGCACUUUCAUUAUCGGUGUUGGGGGGUUUGGUAACGUUUACAAAGGCUAUAUAGACGGUGGGGACCACCCAGUGGCGAUCAAGCGUUUGGUACCAGGUUCUCAGCAGGGAGUACACGAGUUCGAGACCGAGAUUGAGAUGCUCUCACAACUCCGCCAUUUGCAUCUUGUUUCUUUGAUUGGAUAUUGUAACGAUGGUACGGAGAUGAUUCUCGUUUAUGAUUAUAUGGCCCUUGGAACCCUACGCGAUCAUCUCUACAAGUCCAAUAAUCCUCCUCUCUCAUGGAAGCAGCGUCUUCAGAUUUGCAUCGGUGCAGCACGAGGUUUGAACUAUCUACAUACAGGCGCGAAACACAUGAUCAUUCAUCGUGAUGUGAAAACAACAAAUAUCUUACUCAAUAAGGACUGGGUAGCCAAGGUGUCUGACUUCGGAUUGUCCAGAAUGGGACCCACUGGUGUGUCUAAGGCCCAUGUUAGCACCGUUGUCAAGGGUAGCUUUGGGUAUCUAGAUCCCGAGUAUUACAGGCGACAACAGUUGACGGAGAAAUCCGACGUGUAUUCAUUCGGAAUUGUUCUGUGUGAAGUGUUGUCUGCAAGGCCAUCAAUAUUGAAAACUGCCGAGAAGGAGCAAGUGAGCCUUGCAGAGUGGGCCCGACAAAGCUCUCUCAAUGGAAAGUUUGAUCAGAUUAUUGAUCCAGCUUUGAAGGGUCAAAUUGCGCCCGAGUGUUUGGCUAAAUUUGGUGAGGUUUCUAUGAGUUGUUUGCAUGACAGUGGAGUCGAACGUCCGUCGAUGAAUGAUGUGGUGUGGGGCCUUGAAUUCGCAUUGCAAUUGCAAGAGAGUAUUGAAAAAGUCGGCAAGCAUGAUCAUGUGGUUGAAUUGGAGAUGAAUGAUGCUGAGAAGGGUCUCUUGCCUCUAUCCAAGAGUGAUGACAGUAAUAACAUCUUCAGUAGUAGCGGUGGGCAAGUGUCAAGUACAUACAGCAAUAGCGAGGUGACCAUGACGAGUAGUGGAGAGCAAAAUUUUAGAAAUGCCAAUAAGGAUUCAGAUAGACUGGUGUCCUCUGGAGCUCAUGUGUUUUCUGAGAUUAUGAAUCCUCAAGGACGGUAAAAGAAGGUAUUUUCUAUAUUGAUCAGUAUACUAUUGCUUUGUUAUAUAUAUUUAGAAUCAUGUAUUAUUUAUAGAUACAAUGACAAUGGUGAUGCGAGUAUGUGAUAAAAUUAGUUGGAAGGGAUUAAAUUGUCGGGAUUUAAGUUUGCGUAAAUAAAGUUAUUGAUGCUCAAGUA